UCCACCAUUAAAACAAAAUCACCUUCUCUUUCAGUCAAACCAUUCCCAUUUUUCUAUUCUUCGUUUCCAUGAAGAACACGACUUUCAUUAUUCAACCAACGAUCCUUGAAAUGUCUUCAAUGAUUAACUCCAUCACUCCGUCGCUCUCUUUGACCCAACAAUCAAGAUUGCUUCGUCUUUCCCAGAUACCCCAUUACACACCUUCCUUCACUCAAACUACCUUCAACGCCCCCACUUUCGUCGUUUUCAAAUUCGACGCCAUUGUUUCCCCCUAUCGGUUUUUAUUAUCAAAUGACCUGUGUAGAGAUGAGAAGCAAUGAAAUGGGGAGAUUAAAGUUGGUGUUUUCAGGUGUUUUUUCUUUCCUGCGCUUAAUUUUCGUUAUGGGGUUCGUUUUACGGGUUUCUGCUAAUGGGGAAGGUGAUGCCUUAAAUGCCUUCAAGCUGAGUCUGGUUGACCCCGAUCAUGCCUUGGAAAGUUGGAAUACCAUCCUCAUGAAUCCUUGCACAUGGUUUCAUAUUACAUGUGAUGAAAAUGAAAGAGUUAUACGUGUUGAUCUUGGUAAUGCGAAUCUGUCUGGAAAACUGGUUCCACAACUUGAUCAACUCACAAACUUGCGGUACUUGGAACUCUACAACAAUAACAUCAGUGGAACAAUUCCAGAACGAUUUGGGAAUUUGAAAAACUUGGAGAGCUUGGAUCUUUAUUCUAACAGUUUAACUGGUUCAAUACCAGAUACUCUGGGAAAACUUACAAAACUAACUACCUUGCGUCUGAACAACAAUAGCUUAUCAGGAACCAUUCCGAUGUCUUUAACCACUGUUCCACUUCAACUUCUGGAUCUUUCAAAUAACCUUCUAACAGGAGAUAUUCCUGUCAAUGGUUCGUUUUCUUUUUUCACACCAAUCAGUUUUGCCAAUAAUCCUCUUCAAAUUUCUCCCUCUGCUUCUCCUCCCCCAACGACAGAUACACCACGAACAUCUGCAGGUGAUGGAGUUACUGGAAUCGUAGUUGGAGCAAUUGUUGCUGCAGCUUCUUUGUUGGUCAUUGUGCCUGCUAUUGCAUUUACUCUUUGGCGAAAAAGAACUCCACAGCAUCAUUUCUUUGAUGUACCUGCUGAAGAAGAUCCUGAAAUUAACCUGGGGCAGCUAAAAAAAUAUUCUCUACGCGAGCUGCAAGUUGCCACCGAUUAUUUUAGCCCACAGAACAUUUUAGGCAAAGGUGGAUUUGGCAAGGUCUAUAAAGGUCGUUUGGCUGAUGGUUCUCUUGUGGCUGUUAAACGAUUGAAGGAGGAGCGAGCUGAGGUUGGAGAGCUUCAAUUUCAGGCUGAAGUAGAGAUGAUCAGCAUGGCUGUCCACCGUAAUCUACUCCGUCUUAAUGGAUUUUGCAUGUCACCAACUGAACGAUUGCUUGUCUAUCCUUAUAUGGCUAAUGGAAGUCUAGCAUCAUGCUUAAGAGAGCGUAAGCAAUGCCAACCACCACUCAACUGGGCAAUACGUAAACAAGUUGCUUUAGGGGCUGCACGAGGACUUGAAUAUUUACAUAAUCAUUGUGAUCCUAAAAUUAUUCACCGUGAUGUGAAAGCUGCAAAUAUAUUAUUAAAUGAUGAAUACGAGGCAGUUGUUGGAGAUUUUGGGUUGGUUAAACUCAUGAACUACAAGGACACUCAUGUCACAACUGCUGUUCGUGGAACAAUUGGGCAUAUACCGCCGGAGUACCUCUCAUCUGGAAAGUCCUCUGAAAAAACUGAUGUUUUUGGUUAUGGAGUAAUGCUUCUUGAACUCGUAACUGGACAGAAAGCCUUUGAUCUUGCUCGGUUAGCAAAAGAUGACGAUGUCAUGUUGCUUGAUUGGGUCAAAGGACUUCUGAAUGAUAAGAAACUGGCAACAUUGGUUGAUCCUGAUCUCGGAGGUAAUUACGUAGAGGAAGAACUGGAGCAGGUAAUUCAAGUUGCUGUGCUUUGCACGCAAAGCUCCCUGGUGGAACGACCGAAAAUGUCGGAGGUGUUGCAAAUGCUGGAAGGCGAUGGUUUAGCUGAAAGAUGGGAGGAAUGGCAGAAAGAAGAGAGCUCACGCCAAAACUUCAAUAAUAUGGUUCAUUCUUACCACUGGAGUAGUAGAUCUCCCCAGUUUAUUGAUUCCAUUGCUCAUCUUCCUCCUGAUGUGUUGUCUAGUCCAAGAUGAUGAUUGUGUUGAAAUUAAAUUAAUCUAAACUUAAUACAUGAAUUUGCAUUAUUAAAUAUGCACGAAUAGUUGGGAUACAUGAAAUAGUUAAUCACUAAAUACAUUGAUAUAUGAAGAGUCACAUGUAUUGAUAUUUAUUGUUAAUGACUUUUAAUAUACUUUUUUACUAGUAUAAACAUGCGUAAGGUUUCUCAUUUGUAUGUAAGAAAGAGUAAGAAAUUCAAGUUUAAGAAAUAUUAUUCAAUUUCUUUCUUCUCA